AUGCAUCUAUGGCAGUUGUUGAAUGCCUUGAAUCGAAUCCGUUACAACCGAAAAGGACGUAAUUCUGUAAAUCCUAUUCUCAUAACAGCAUUCUUAGAUACUUCAUCUAAUCUAAGUGCUACAAAAGUUAAGUUGGAUAAUAGGGAUUUCCUUCCUGACUUAGGCUGUGGCACAUCUGAUGGGGAUGAUGAACAUGAUAUGUUGGAUAUAUGCUUUGAUAAGAUAGUUGUCUCUAUGGCAUCCACAUCAAUAACGAACAAUGUUCCUUCUUUGCCUAAUUCUAAUUUUGAAAUAUUUGAUGGAAAAGACUUUUCUAGAUGGCGUGGAAAGAUGAAAUUCUUUUUAAGACGAUUAAAGUUAGCGUAUGCUCUUGAGAUGCCUUGUCCUGAGGCUCCUAGUUCUGAGGAGAUUUGGGAUACUCUUAAAGCUAUUCAUUUAGCAGAAGAGGCGAGUUCAAAGAAAUUUCUUGUUUCAAAUUAUAUGGAGUUUAAAAUGGUUGAUGACAAGUCAAUCACUGAACAAGUACAAGAAUUUCAACUUAUAGCUAAUAAAAUUGUUAUAAAUGGAAUUGCUCUUGAUGAAAACUUUCAUCAAAUUGAACAAGAGACACGAUACCGCGACAAUAACAUCUUGAGGGAGCUCAUCAUGAAAGCUCAUGUUGUUGAAGAAAAGAUCAAGAAGGAACCUGGCAAUAAUAAAUUUUUGAAGGCAAAGAAGAGUAAAAAUUUCAAGCGUAUUAAUUCUAAUUCUAAGUCGAUUGAAUGUUAUCAUUGUCAUAAAAUUGGUCAUUAUGCACAAGAUUAUAAAAUUCUUAAAGCUGAAAAGAAGAAAGAAAAGGCAAAUAACAAUAUAAAAAAUGAACUGGUGGCAAUGGUCACGGAAGCAUUUGUAGCGGGAGAUCAAGUGGAAUGA